AUGCGGCGCCUAUUUGAUGACUGGAACCCCUGGAUGUUCAUGCACAGUGGCGGUGGUGGUGGUGGUGCUCUGCGCAUACACACCGGGACCUCCCAUAGGCUGCGGGAUCAGGCUUUGAGGUCAGCUGCUCAGGUCGGACCUGUUCUGAGGCUCCUUUCACUUUCAGCUGCAGCUCCGGUGGAGAAGACAAUAUCCAGUGAGAAAGCCUCGGGCCCUCCAUCCUCCGAGACCCAAGAGGAGUUUGUGGAUGACUUUCGAGUUGGAGAACGGGUUUGGGUGAACGGGAAUAAACCCGGAUUUAUCCAGUUUCUUGGGGAAACUCAGUUCGCACCUGGCCAGUGGGCUGGGAUCGUUUUAGACGAACCCAUAGGGAAGAACGAUGGCUCGGUGGCCGGAGUGCGGUAUUUCCAGUGUGAACCUUUAAAGGGCAUAUUCACCCGACCUUCAAAGCUCACGAGGAAGGUGCAGGCAGAAGAUGAAGCCAACGGCCUGCAGACAGCUCCUGGGAGAACUGCCUCACCUCUGUCCACUGCUGCAGCUACCGUGGUGUCUUCUUCUCCAGCCACUCCCUCAAAUAUUCCCCACAAACCGUCCCAGUCAACGGCAAAAGAACCUUUGGCUGCACCUCAAAUUAGCAACCUUACAAAAACCGCCAGUGAGUCGAUCUCCAACCUUUCAGAGGCUGGCUCUGUCAAGAAGGGGGAGCGAGAGCUCAAGAUCGGAGAUAGGGUGCUGGUCGGUGGCACCAAGGCUGGUGUAGUCCGCUUUCUUGGCGAGACCGACUUUGCCAAGGGCGAGUGGUGUGGUGUGGAGUUAGACGAGCCUUUGGGGAAGAACGAUGGUGCGGUUGCGGGAACAAGGUAUUUUCAGUGUCAACCCAAAUACGGAUUGUUCGCUCCUGUCCACAAAGUGACAAAGAUUGGCUUCCCUUCUACGACCCCAGCCAAAGCCAAAGCCGCUGCUGUGAGGCGAGUGAUGGCCACCACGCCCGCCAGCCUGAAGCGAAGCCCUUCUGCCUCCUCCCUCAGCUCCAUGAGCUCCGUGGCCUCCUCUGUGAGCAGCAAACCCAGCCGGACAGGACUAUUGACUGAAACCUCUUCCCGCUACGCCCGCAAGAUCUCGGGCACCACUGCCCUCCAGGAGGCGCUGAAGGAGAAGCAGCAGCACAUUGAGCAGCUGCUGGCUGAGCGGGACCUGGAGCGGGCCGAGGUGGCCAAGGCUACCAGCCACGUGGGGGAGAUAGAGCAGGAGCUAGCCCUGGCCCGGGAUGGGCACGACCAGCAUGUCCUGGAACUAGAGGCCAAGAUGGACCAGCUACGCACCAUGGUGGAGGCUGCCGACAGGGAGAAAGUAGAGCUCCUCAACCAGCUAGAAGAGGAGAAAAGGAAAGUUGAGGACCUUCAGUUCCGAGUUGAAGAGGAAUCGAUUACCAAAGGCGAUCUUGAGCAAAAGAGCCCGAUUUCUGAAGAUCCCGAGAAUACGCAGACCAAACUGGAGCAUGCCCGCAUUAAGGAGCUUGAACAGAGCCUGCUCUUUGAAAAGACCAAAGCUGACAAACUCCAGAGGGAGUUAGAAGACACUAGGGUGGCUACCGUCUCUGAAAAGUCCCGAAUAAUGGAACUAGAAAAGGACCUAGCAUUGAGAGCCCAGGAAGUAGCUGAGCUCCGAAGAAGGCUAGAGUCCAAUAAGCCUCCUGGGGACGUGGAUAUGUCUCUCUCCCUUUUGCAAGAAAUAAGUGCUUUGCAAGAAAAGCUAGAAGCCACCCGUACUGACCACCAGGGCGAGAUGACUUCCCUGAAGGAGCACUUUGGAGCUCGGGAGGAGGUGUUUCAGAAGGAGAUCAAGGCUCUGCACGCGGCCACUGAGAAGCUUUCCAAAGAGAACGAGUCCUUGAGAAGCAAGCUCGACCACGCUAAUAAGGAGAACUCGGACGUGAUCGCUCUGUGGAAGUCCAAACUGGAGACCGCCAUAGCAUCCCACCAGCAGGCAAUGGAGGAGCUCAAGGUAUCCUUUAGCAAAGGGAUUGGAACGGACUCGGCCGAAUUUGCAGAGUUAAAGACACAGAUUGAGAAACUGAGACUAGAUUACCAGCACGAAAUAGAAAGUUUACAGAGUAAACAGGACUCUGAGCGGUCUGCUCAUGCUAAAGAGAUGGAGACCAUGCAGGCCAAGCUGAGGAAGAUCAUUAAGGAGAAGGAGGACAGCCUGGAGGCCGUCAAGGCGAGACUGGACAGUGCGGAAGACCAGCACCUAGUGGAGAUGGAGGACACGCUCAACAAACUGCAGGAGGCGGAGAUGAAGGUAAAGGAGCUAGAGGUUCUGCAGGCCAAGUGCGCCGAACAAAGCGAGGUCAUUGGUAAUUUCACAUCGCAGCUCAGUGCCGUCGAAGAAAAGCUCUUGGAUCUGGAUGUGCUUCAGAAAGCCAAUUCCGAUGGUAAACUGGAGCUCGAGGCACUUAGACAGCAGCUUGAGGGAGCUGAAAAGCAGAUUAAAAACUUAGAGAUUGAAAAGAGCGCUGAAAGCAGCAAGGCUAAUAGCAUUUCCCAAGAGCUCCAGGGGAAAGAGCUAAUGGUCACUAGUCUGCAGGACAGUUUGAAUGAAGUCAAACAAGCGAAGGAGACCUUGGAGAAAGAACUUCAGACGUUGAAAGAAAAGUUUGCCAGUAUUUCAGAGGAGGCGGUCUCUGCUCAGACAACUAUGCAAGAUACUGUAAAUAAACUGCACCAGAAGGAGGAACAGUUUAACGUGUUGUCUUCUGAACUGGAGAAGUUGAGAGAAAAUCUAACAGACAUGGAGGCAAAAUUUAAAGAGAAGGAUGACCGCGAAGAUCAGCUGGUAAAGGCCAAGGAAAAAUUAGAAAAUGACAUUGCAGAAAUAAUGAAGAUGUCCGGAGAUAACUCUUCUCAGCUGACAAAGAUGAAUGAUGAAUUACGUCUGAAGGAAAGAUCUGUGGAAGAGCUACAGCUGAAGCUCACAAAGGCUAAUGAGAAUGCCAGCUUCCUGCAGAAGAGUAUUGGGGAAGUAACUCUUAAAGCUGAGCAGAGUCAGCAGCAAGCAGCCAGAAAACACGAAGAAGAAAAGAAAGAAUUGGAGAAAAAACUGUUGGAACUGGAAAAGAAGAUGGAAACAAGCAACAACCAGUGUCAGGACCUGAAAGCUAAGUAUGAGAAAGCGAGUUCUGAGACCAAAACAAAGCAUGAAGAAGUCCUGCAGAACCUCCAGAAGAUGCUGGCAGACACAGAGGAUAAACUGAAGGCUGCUCAGGAGGCGAACAGAGACCUGAUGCAGGAUAUGGAGGAGCUGAAGACACAGGCCGACAAAGCCAAAGCCGCUCAGACUGCAGAAGACGCCAUGCAGAUCAUGGAACAGAUGACCAAAGAGAAAACAGAGACGCUGGCCUCCCUGGAGGACACCAAGCAAACAAAUGCGAGACUACAGAAUGAAUUGGACACACUUAAGGAAAACAACUUGAAAACUGUGGAAGAGCUGAACAAGUCAAAAGAACUUCUGAAUGUAGAGAACCAAAAAAUGGAAGAAUUCAAGAAAGAAAUAGAAACCCUAAAGCAGGCAGCAGCUCACAAGUCCCAGCAGCUUUCAGCACUGCAGGAAGAGAACGUCAAACUUGCCGAGGAGCUGGGGAGGACGCGGGACGAAGUCACAAGUCACCAGAAGCUGGAAGAAGAACGAUCUGUACUCAAUAAUCAGUUGUUAGAAAUGAAAAAGAGCUUGCCCAGUAACACUUUAAGAGAAUCCGAGUUCAGAAAAGACGCCGAUGAAGAGAAAGCCUCCUUGCAGAAAUCCAUCAGCCUCACCAGUGCCUUGCUCACAGAGAAGGACGCGGAACUGGAGAAGCUGAGGAAUGAGGUCACAGUGCUCAGGGGAGAGAAUGCCACCGCCAAGUCCCUGCACUCAGUUGUGCAGACCCUGGAGUCUGAUAAGGUGAAGCUCGAGCUCAAGGUCAAAAACUUGGAACUUCAACUCAAGGAGAACAAGAGGCAGCUCAGCAGCUCCUCAGGUAACACUGAUGCUCAGGCCGAAGAGGAUGAGAGAGCCCAGGAGAGUCAGCAAAUGAUUGAUUUCCUCAACUCGGUAAUAGUGGACCUUCAAAGAAAGAAUCAAGACCUCAAGAUGAAGGUGGAGAUGAUGUCUGAAGCUGCACUCAACGGCAACGGGGACGAUCUGAACAGUUAUGACAGUGAUGACCAGGAGAAGCGGUCCAAGAAGAAACCCCGCCUCUUCUGUGACAUUUGUGACUGCUUUGACCUCCACGAUACAGAGGACUGUCCCACCCAGGCACAGAUGUCGGAAGACCCUCCCCAUUCCACUCACCACGGCAGCCGGAGCGAGGAGCGGCCGUACUGUGAGAUCUGUGAGAUGUUUGGGCACUGGGCAACCAACUGCAAUGACGAUGAGACCUUCUGAGGAAGCCGGGAUGGCAGGAAAGGUUUCCCCGAUGCCGGCUCCUCAGCGGUUCCCCGCCAGCAUUGGUGUGCAACUUCAGAAGAGCUCCUUAUUUUUUGACCCCUGUCAACAAAUCUGAGAAAAUAUUUUGAUCUUCAACACGUUUCCCUUUCAUUUCCCCUCGUAAGUUAAAAUAAUAAUAAAUAUUUGGUAGGCGGGCUUGCA